AUGGCUACGGCACCCAUUCCAGCUUUGUCUCCAUUGACAUCUGCCGAAAUCUCAACAUGUUCGUCAAUCAUAGAGGCCGCGUUCCCCCCAGGAACAAAGUUUCACUUCAAAUUCAUAAUGCUUCAAGAGCCACCCAAAGAAACAGUCGUGGCCUUCAUCAAUGCGAACAAGGAGGGAAAACCACGUCCUUCUAUUGAAAGGCUAGCAUUUGUGGCCUACUACAUCAAAGACACACCAUUGUUCCAUGAGGCCAUUGUGAGCCUCUCACAACGGAAAAUACUCAAAAAUGUUCGUUUGCCCGAUGACGUCCAUGGUUGUUUGGAUGGACCAGAACAAGAGGAGAUUGAAAGAAUUUGUCUCUCCCAUCCGGACGUUCAGGCUGCUUUGGCCGAGCUACAACUUCCACCUGGGGCUUUUGUUGUUGGAGAGGCUUGGAUGUACGGUUCUGAUGGAAUAAACGAUACGACAAGGCAAUAUCAAAUGUAUCUUUACAUGCGUGAUCCAGACAACUCCACCGAGCCAGACUCCAAUCAUUACGCUUUUCCCUUGCCGGUCUCACCCGUAUUUGACGCAACGACCAAAAAGCUCAUUCGAAUCGACACUUUACCGACCGGCACGGAAUUUGAGGCAACAGGGGUCAAGCCAUGGAAGCCCAAACCCGCAAAUGAGUACCUUCCGGAAUGUCAAGAAAGCCUUCGCACUGAUAUCAAGCCUCUCCGAGUCAUCCAACCAGAAGGGGCCAGUUUCAAAAUCAGCAAGGUCGGUGAAAGAGGAACGACGGUUGAAUGGCAGAAGUGGUCAUUCCAAACCGGAUUCAAUCAGCGAGAAGGACUCAUCCUUUACAAUGUCCAUUAUGACGGUCGUAGUCUCUUCUAUCGCAUGUCUCUCUCAGAGAUGUCGGUGCCUUAUGGAGAUCCGAGAAUGCCUUAUCACCGUAAGGCUGCGUUCGAUCUCGGAGACGCGGGCGCCGGUGCAACCGCCAACAACUUGCAACUGGGAUGUGACUGUCUUGGCUUGAUUCAAUACCUAGAUGGAGUGGUCUGUGACGCAGAUGGAAAGCCCGAGGCACGAAACAAUUGUGUCUGCAUUCACGAACAAGAUUCAGGAAUUGGCUGGAAACAUACCAAUUUCCGCACCAACCGAGCUGUGGUCACCCGGGGUCGGGAAUUGGUGCUUCAAACCAUUCUGACGCUUGCAAACUACGAGUAUAUCCUGGCCUUUGUCUUCAACCAGGCCGGAGAGAUCCAUUACGAAGUCCGCGCCACUGGCAUUCUCAACACUCAACCAAUCGAUGAUGAUCUGUUCGAAUCAGCCUUCGGGACGGUGGUACAUCCCGGCGUGUUGGCUGCCGUCCAUCAGCAUCUGUUUUCUCUGAGAGUCGAUCCCGCCAUUGAAGGACAUGCCAAUCGCCUUGUAUAUGACGAGGCUUGUACACUCCCACGAGACCCUGCAACCAAUCCUCAUGGCAUGGGAUAUAUGGUCAAAGAAACCGUGGUCGACAAAUCCGGUGGCUACGACUUGGAUUUGGCAAACAGCCGGACUUACAAGAUUCAGAAUGCCGCUGUCAAGAAUCCUAUCAACAAGAAGAGUGUGGCUUAUAAAAUCCAGGUACCACCUGUUCAGCUUCUGAUUGCCGACCCGGAAAGCUAUCACCACAAAAGAGCCGAAUUUGCCGACCAUCAUAUUUACGUGACAAAAUACCAAGAUGAUGAGUUAUAUGCUGGAGGAAAAUAUACCAACCAGUCUCGGGGAGGUACUGGAGUACGGUCAUGGGCAGCAAGGAAAGACAAUAUCGUAGAUGAAGAUCUUGUCGUCUUCGUCCAGUUUGGAUUGAAUCACAUCCCCAGGAUUGAAGACUUCCCGGUGAUGCCUGUCGAGAUCAUCCGUGUUGCCUUCAAGCCCGCCAACUUCUUCACCAAGAAUCCGGCAAUUGAUGUUCCGCCAUCAACUCAAAAUUUCAAUCAAUCGAGACUGGCCCAGAGUUUGGAAGGUGAUUGUUGUGCUCCAAGGUUGUGA